GUCGGGCCUCAUUGGCCCAAAUAUCGAAUUGAAUGAACUGAAGCUGCAUGCAGUUUAUAAUAAAACUAAAUCCGCACCCAAGUGGUACCCGACCCGACCCGACCCAGCAAUGGGCCCACGACGCACGAACAAUUACACAAAGCUUGAAACUGAGAAACCCUAAGAAAUCCUAAAAUUUCCCACAGCCCAUUCACGGAAAACCCUAAAUUCUCCAAUUUGGAUUCGGAUUACAUCUCCAAAGGGGGGCCAGAGGCGUAGUCUGAUACGAUUAUUGUGAAUUAUUAUUUUAAUCUCAUGUAAAUAGGGUUUAAUGAGCGAGGGAGUAUGCAUGUCGGUGGAAUUCCGGUGGAUCCUAAUUGGUUCCUUCGAUUUAUAUUUAGCAUCUUCUUCAUUGCUGCGGGAUUGCUGUACGUGGUCAAGAACACGAAGUACUUCGAAGUCGACGCCAGUUUCGAAGGCGCCGGUGGUACUGGCGGUGUGCACAUUGCUGAUCGGAAUCGCACUGCGCCGGUGAUUUCAAUGGGGUCGCCGGAGGAGCUUUCUUCCUGCACUAAUUGUGGCAAGUCUGGCGCCAAGAAGUGCUCCGGUUGCAAAUCAGUUCGAUACUGUUCGACCGAGUGCCAAAGUUCACAUUGGAAUUCCGGUCACAAAUUGAAAUGCAAAUCACUUAUAAGAAAACCCAGCACUGGCAAACGUUAUUCUGGAAUUGCAUUGGUUAUUAGUAGUGGGACUUUUAAGCGUUUUAAGAAGCCUGGGAAGGUACUUUUCCCGUAUGCGGAAUUUGUUAAAUUGUACAAUUGGAACAGACCGUUUCCACCCUCUGGACUCUUAAAUUGUGGAAACAGUUGCUUUGCCAAUGUGGUUCUACAAUGUCUGACAUACACAAGGCCAUUGGUCGCUUACCUGUUGGAGAAAGGCCACCGCCGAGAGUGCAGACGUGAAGGCUGGUGUUUUUUGUGCGUUUUUGAAUCUCAUGUUGAAAGAGCCAGCCAAAGUUCACAUCCCUUUUCUCCAAUUAACAUACUUUCCCGCUUGCCUAACAUUGGUGGUAAUCUUGGCUAUGGGAGACAAGAAGAUGCCCAUGAGUUCAUGAGGUUUGCCCUUGACACAAUGCAAUCGGUGUGCCUUGAUGAAUUCGGUGGAGAAAAGGCAGUUGACCCGGCUUCUCAAGAAACGACUCUGGUUCAACAUAUAUUUGGCGGUCACCUGCAGUCCCAGGUUAUGUGUACCAAAUGCUGUAAUAUUUCAAACCAGUUUGAAAACAUGAUGGAUUUAACUGUUGAAAUCCAUGGAGAUGCCACUUCUUUGGAGGAGUGCCUUGAUCAAUUCACGGCAAAGGAAUGGCUUCAGGAUGACAACAUGUACAAAUGUGACAGUUGCAAUGACUAUGUCAACGCAUGGAAGCGCCUUACAAUUCGACGAGCUCCAAAUAUUCUUACUAUCGCUCUGAAAAGAUUUCAGAGUGGAAGCUUCGGGAAACUUAAUAAGAGGAUAAAUUUUCCCGCGACAUUAGAUCUUAGUCCAUACAUGAGUGAAGGAGAUGGCAGUGACGUGUACAAGCUUUAUGCCGUUGUUGUGCACAUAGAUAUGCUAAAUGCAUCGUUUUUUGGCCAUUAUAUUUGCUAUAUCAAGGAUUUCCAAGGAGACUGGUUCAGAUUUGAUGACUGCAAGGUUACAAAUGUCGACUUGGCCGAGGUACUAUCACAAGGAGCAUACAUGCUUUUAUAUAGCAGAUUUUCUGCUCGACCAUCGUGUCUUAGAACUAGCACACCUUCGAAGGAUGAUCGGGCGCAAGCUGUUGGGAAACAAAUGGACUCUCGAGUGGUCGAAGAUGGUGAGAGUUGUGCACCAGUAAAGCUGGUGGGGAAUGAGCCUACCACUUCUGUAUCCCCUCAAUCCGAGAGAAGUGUCCAAGUUGUGAAUGGAGUUAAGGAGGAAGACAUUCCAAUUUUCCAUUCAAGCUCUCCACUUCCAGAAGCUAGGUUUUCCCACCUACCGAGAUCAUCUUCUGCAGAUGACUUGGAAACUGCUGGCUGUAUUGUCAUUAAAGAUGAACCAUCAUCUCCCUUCGAUAAUAUCCCUGCAGCAGCUGAAGAAGAUGCAAUGGACUCUGAUUCAUCUGUUCCCGUGGAAGGUUAUGGAAACCCUUCUACUACUGCCAUGGAACAAGGACAAGAUUCGAGUUGCGGAAUGGUCGUUGAUGUUGAGCCAACCACUUCUGUAUCCCCUCAAUCCGAGAGACGUGUCCAAGUUGUGAGUGGGGUUAAGGAGGAAGAUAUUCCAAUUUUCCAUUCAAGCUCUCCACCUCCAGAAUCUCACGAACCGAGAUCAUCUUCUGCAGAUGACUUGGAAACGGCUGGCACUAUUGCCAUUAGAAAUGAAACAUCAUCUGCCUUCGAUAAUACCCCUGCAGCAGCUGAAGAAGAUGCAAUGGACUCUGAUUCAUCUGUUUCUGUGGAAGGUUUUGGAAACCCUUCUUCUACUACUGCCAUGGAACAAGGAUCACAUGAUUCGAGUUGCAGAACAGUGGUUGAUGUUGAAGACGGCAUCAACUUGCAUCCACUCGCAGAAAGACAUCAUUGUCGGCAGCAACAUGAGUUCCAUGAUUUAGAUGACGACGAAAGGACUGGAACGACAAGAACAGCAGCAGCAGCAGCAGGGGUAACAAAGUGUUGUUGACGAUAUUAAGGGCGCGCCGCCGUGCAACUCUCUUACUAAUUUUGAUUGCUGUCCAUAUGAUUCUUAUGAUAUCUGCCAUCCUAACGAGAGAAAGUAGCAGAUAGAUUAGCACAGCUGGUAGAGAUGGGAGGAUUUGAUUGCUGGGAUCUGGGAUUUCACUAUUUGCAGAGAAUCUCAGAUUCUACAUUUAGGUAGCGUAGUAUGUUCGAGUUGGGGAGUUAGUUUUUCUGUUACCACACAAGAGCGCCCCGAUGUGAUUUGCUCUCUCAGAUUAGGCCCUUGAGUAAUGAGAUUAUGAUGAUGGUUUUUGCUCGAAACAGGGGAAAUCAACAGUUGAUUUUUCUGUCUCUAUGCUGCAAUUUCUGACUUGUGUGACCAACCUGCUACUUCUUCCCUCUUCUUAAUAUCGCUAUUUUUCAUUUAUAAAGUGUGUUUUCGGCUCCCCAUCUGUGCCGAACGAACAAUCUGCCCGGCAUUUAUUAAAUCAAAAGGGUUUAAUUUCCCUGGUAAUUCAGAUUCGGCACAGAUCAGAGAGUCCAACUUGUUCGUGAUUUCAUAAUUAUGCGUUUGAGCCCUUUGAGGUCUCUUUCAAUGAAAAUUCCAUUAUGCGAAAACUAAUUGUAUUGUCAUGAUCACCUGAGUUACUUAAACCACAAAGUAAGUUACUCGUUAAUUAGUAAUCGAAGUCAAUUGGGAUUGUUAAUCGACUACAGUACAAGGGAUCGUCUACAGGUUUGAAGUGUUUUGAAGCAAAGCUUUCAAAACCAGACUCAUUGGUUAACUACUUAACUAUUAUAAAGUCGUUGGUUAAUUGUUUGAUAGAUGCGGUUAUUACUCUAUAACUUAAAAGGUAUAUUUAACUAAUUCAGGAAUGAAUUUGUCACUAACCAUAAACAAUUUCAAAUCCAUAUUGUCUAUCAACAAUUUUUUUUAGCAAAGCAUCGAAACUAUCACAAAAAGAUGACAUAUUUUUAAUAGUUCGGAUUUCCUAGUGGUAUAUUCCAUUUUCUUAUUAAAUUCAAAUUACUAAUGAGAGUGCUAAUAUGUAGUGAUCACAAAAAAGCCGACAAGGGGACUUUGAAAUGAAGAAAAGGUAACACAAAAGUUUUUUUUUCCUUUAGACUUUUGUGGUUAGUGAACCAUUGGACUAGUAAAAUCAUAGUGAUUCAUCUGGUUUCAUGUCAAAUUGCUAAAAUCGUUCGAUUAAUUCCUAACCAUAUAAUAAAAAAUGAACCAAACAACUUGCUGGUCCAAAUGUUGAUCCAAUUCAGUUCUUAUAAGAAUGAUCUGAAGAGAAAAAAGAAGAAAGGUUUGGGGUGAAAAUUCCAAAAUUUAUAUUAUGUUACUGAUUGACAGGAGUAGGUGUCACGUCGUCACUAACUAUAUAUCAUUUUGAGCGAUUAUUCAUGGAGGAGGCUAGCCACAGCCAUUCACUAGUGAUAAGAUCAUUAUAUGACAAUGAUACGAUGUGCAUUCAAUCGUUUGAUUUCUCUGAUAGUUAUUAUGCGUGCUAUUUAAAUAUAGUAUACAACCUUUUGAAUGAAAUGUAACUUUUUUC